AAAGUGAAUGUGUAAUUAAAUUCUCUAUACAUUUAAAGACAAAUAACAAUUAAAAAUCUAAUAUAGAUACUUUGUUUUAAUUAUUAAUUAAAGGAGUUUACUUGUAAAGAACGAUUAUCUUGGAAAAGGUACUGAAAAAAAGAAUUACUAGAUUAAAAAAAAAGACCGAUAUCAUAUUGGAGCUAGAAAGACUGAAGAAAAAUGGACAAACAUAAAUUCAGCACUUGAUUGAAAACAAGAAACAAUAGAAAACUUUAUGGCUUUGCUUAGAGUGAAAUGUUAAAGAUUAAAUAUGUAGAAUUUAAUUAUUUACGAAAAAUUGUAAUCUAAUCAUUAAGGAAUCCUUAUGUAAAACAUACUAACUUUCUUUAUAUACGGCUGAUAAUUUAAAAAUACAUGUGUGUUUUUAUUAAUUCUUCAAGAUACAAAGACCAAACGUUUAUUCAAAAAUGCAUUUUAUAAGCUGCACUACGAUUAAUUUUGCCUUAAUUAACCUCUUUGUUAAUUUGUUAUUUGUCUAUCAUGCAACAGGAGAAAAUAAUAAUGUUAAUAAGAACAGUAAUAGUAAUAAGAAUAUUAAGAAUACUAAUGUAGCAUUACAAGAUAAUACUCCAAAACUUCCUGUGAUAACUGACGCAGAAUUGCAACGAAUAACAGAGGAUUUGUUUCAAAGGGAUACAUGUUGUAUUUACAGAAAUAUAACAGUGAGUUUUCAAGGAUGGAUACAAAGAGAAAAUGUAACAGACAAUGCUCCAAAACCAUUGUUUAGAAUUCCCACGACUGUCUUGUCACAUCCGUCAAUAAAUAAACUAAACAAGCUUUUUGAUAAUUAUGAAGUGGAUAUAAGUAAAACAGAAGUUGUGACCAAAGAAGAAAGCACAGAGGAAGAUGAUUUCAUUAACACUCUUUUGUCUUCCGACAUAUUAACAACGGCUAUGAAUUUUCUUGCUACAAAAGGUUACUUCGCAAAGAAUACGCAGACGUAUAAAACUAUAUUGAAAUCUAUUUGGUUCCAACAAUACUCAAGAAUUAAAGGAUCUAUUGGUAGUUCAGGAUUUGAGCAUGUAUUUUUAGUAGAAAGAAAAAAGGAUAAUAGUAUCAUUGGUUUACAUAAUUGGAUUUAUUUUGCUAAACAAGAAUCGUUAAAUAAUGUCAAUUAUUUUGGUUAUGGACGCAAAAUUCUUUUCGAUAAUAAAGCUGCACUUGCUAAAAUACAUUUCAACUUUAAGCAACAACAUAAAGUGUCGUCGAUGUUGAUUGGAACAUUACCGGAAUUAGAAAUAGCUGUUUAUACACUAUGCUUUUAUACUAGACCGAAUGAAAGAUGCAGAAUAUCUUUUGCAGCACAUAAAUUUAAUAUUCAAACACAUACAUGGCAACAUGAUAAUAAAAAUUUUGUUGGAGCUGCAUAUCCUCUUAUCUAAUAAUGACAAUAUAUAAGAAAAACGUAUGUUCUUUGAUAUUAACAAAG